ACCUCCUUUUCAACAACCACUACUACUACUACCUCUGAAUCUUUCUCUCUUCUCUUCUCAAACAAAAAAAGUUAUACACUCAGAAACAAUGGAGGCAUUGAAGAUGAAGCUUUUCUUUGUCGCCAUGGCCAUGUUGAUUAUGGCAGCCUCAGCUGCAGAUUCACCCGCUCCAAGUCCCACAUCGGAUGCCACCGCCAUCUUCGUCCCAACCGCGGUCGCUUCUUUUCUUGUUCUUGCUUUUGGGUUUCUCUUUUGAGCUUCUCCUUUCAGUUUCUUGUGUUUUCUUCAUGAUUCAUAUUCUUAUGGCACCACGUUUAUUUGCCAUUUUAUGUUUUUGUGCCCUUUAAUUUCGAUUUUCAUCAUGUAAUAUAUUUUAUUGUGAUUUUUUUGCUUAUCAAUUCAUUCAUCACCAUCUUCCUUCCUUUUUGCUUA